AUGUCGACCAAAAUUGACGUGCCAGAGUCAAGCAAUGCUGACACCAGAGAGAAAGCACCUCUGCUUCCAGCACCAAGGCAAGCAGGAUGGAGAAGAGGGAUGGCUAUAAUGGACUUCAUCCUCAGACUUGGUGCCGUCGCAGCUGCCCUCGGAGCCGCCGCCGCCAUGGGGGCCAGCGAUCAAACUCUACCUUUCUUCACACAGUUCUUUCGCUUUGAAGCCAGCUACGACGAUUUCACCACUUUCCGGUUUUUUGUUAUUGCAAUGGCUUCUGUGGCCGGAUACCUGGUCCUCUCUCUUCCUUUCUCCGUAGUAACCAUAGUGCGCCCUCAAGCAGUCGGAGCAAGGCUUCUCCUCAUAAUCCUAGACAUCGUGUUUCUAACUCUGGCGGUUUCAAGUGGUGCGGCGGCGGCGGCGAUAGUUUACUUGGCUCACAAUGGGAAUCCGGAAACGAAUUGGCUUGCCGUCUGUGGUCAGUUUACUGAUUUCUGUCAGGCAACAAGUGGAGCAGUGGUUUCAUCCUUCGUUGCUGUGCUUCUUUUGGACUUCUUGAUCAUCAUGUCCGCUUUUACCUUCUCAAAGAAGCACUAG